AUUCACGGGUCUGGGUGGCUUAAGCAUUCACGGGUCUGGUGGCUUAAGCAUUCACGGGUCUGGUGGCUUAAGUAUUCACGGCUACGGGACAUGGGCUGGUUACCCGAUCGCGUAGCAGACGGCCCAUGGAGAUGUCGGCCGAAGCGUUGGUGGAGUUGGAGUGGAUGCCGAUCGGCGGACGACAGCAGCGUGCAGAAGCAUGAGGGGUAGUUAGUCUUGGCCCCAGCGGCGGCCGUGUCUCGCCGUCUCGCACACACGCGGGCACACGGGCACACGGGCAACCUUGACAAUCACAUCCAGCAUGACCAGCCUCUUGUCUCCCGUGCCGCACACGCUAGACCACAUCGUCGUCAAGCCCAAGCGCUUCCAGUGCGCCCACUGCCAGCGCCUGUUUGCCCGCCUCGAACACCUGCAGCGCCAUGAGCGGACCCACACGCAAGAGCGCCCGUUUCUGUGCAGCCAGUGCGGCUCCAGGUUCACGCGGAGUGACCUGCUGAUCCGUCACGAGCGGCUCUCGCACGGCCGAGACGGAUCCGACCCGCGGACCCAGGCCACGCACCGCGCGUCCGUGUCGAUCGGAGACGGCGUCGCCAAGCGGCCCAGGAGGGCGCCCCGUGGCAGGAACGGGGGCGGCAGCGGAAGCGGGGGCGGGCUGCGGCGCCACCAGCCGUCGCCCCCCCGGGACCCCCUGACCCCCAGACACUCGCCCCAAACCCGGCAGCCGCUGGGUCUGGAGACUUCGAUCUUGGCGCUAGGAGAAUACCAGUCUGCCAUGCUGGCUGCCGACGACGCGGCUUUCGACGCGGUGCUGACCACAUCACCCCGGUUCGCCGCAUACCCCGCUUCGGCCGGGACCGGCGCCGGGGGGUUUGAUGAUGCUGAUGGCUUGGCAUUUGCGUCUGCACCUGCACCGGCUGGCGACGACGUGCUCGACAGCUUCACCGACUUCCUCGACAUGGGCGCCUUCUCGUCGUUCCACUUUGCGCCGUCCGAGCAGCCGCUGCCCCCUUUUUCGUUCGAGCCGUUUGGGGAUCUGCGCGGCGCCGGCGAUGGCGACAACAUGCCCGAAGAGCGUCUCUCCUCCAAUACCAGCCACGACACCAGCUCCUUCUCGCAGUUCGGCUCGCGCCUGCCAUCGGUGCAGCCCGACGACUCCGAGCCCACGCAGCCCGGCGAUCCCGAACCCGCGCAGCCCGACGACCCCGAACCCGCGCAGCACCACGAACACGAGCCAGAUCACACCCUCUCCCUCUCCCUCUCCCUCCCGUUCGCCGCCGUCCUCCCGCAGACCUUCACACUGCCCACGCGCCUCGCGCUGGCGCGCUACGUGCGCGCCUACGUCGACGGCUUCCACGACCACCUGCCGUUCCUGCACGUCGCGUCCAUGGCCGCUGGCGCUGUGGCGGCCGAGCUGCUGCUGGCCAUGGCCGCCGUCGGCGCGCAGUACUGCUUCGAGCAGGCCCGCGGCGUCGACCUGUUCCAUGCCGCGCGCGCCAUCGCCCUGGAGCGGAUCCGGCGGAGCGAUGCCCGCGCCGCGGACCCGGGGUAUGGCUGUCAAGGUGGUCUUGCUGUUCGUGGACCUGAGGGGAAUGUGACAGACAACAGCGCAGAGCCGGCUGGAGAUGGCGAUGCGGGUGGGACCGCCAGCCCUGAGCCAACAUCUGGCUGUCCCCGUGCCGCCAGCGGGCUGCCGUGCGCUGCAGCCAUCCCGGCCGACGACCUUAUGCAGUCGGCGCAGGCGCUGCUGCUGCUGAUGGCCAUGGCGACGUGGGGGAACGACGGGUCCAUCACGCGCGAGGCGGUGGCGCUGCAGAGCGUGCUGGCGAGCGUGGUGCGCGACGACGACGGGCUGGCCGCGUCGGAUUCUUCGGGGGCCGCGUCGGAUCCUUCGGGGGCCGCGUCCGAUUCCUCGGGGGCCGCUUCCGAUUCCUCGGGGGCACCGUGCUGCUGGGCCGGCUGGGCGCGGCGCGAGUCGGUGCUGCGCACCAAGCACAUCGUCUUCUGCUUCUUCAACCUGCACACCAUCGUAUACGACCUGCCGCCGCUGAUCCUCAACGCCGAGCUGCGCCUGCGCCUGCCGUGCGCCGCCGCCGCCUUCCGCGCCGACACCCCCGCCGAGUGGCGCGCUGCCACUGCCGUCACUCCUGGCCGCCCCCCGCUAUUCCACGACGCCCUACGCCGCCUGUUCCAGCUCACACCCGAAGCCGACGCGGCCGCCGCCCGCCCGUCUUCCCUCGGCAACUACGUGCUGAUCCACGCCAUCAUCCAGCACAUCUUCCUCGUACGUCAGACCGCCAGCAGCAGCUACCCCGGCUUUCUCGGCGCCACCCGCCGCCUGGCCGAGCUGCCGGCCGAGCACGCAGCACCACUGGAGCGGGCGCUGCGCAACUGGCAGCGCAGCUGGGAGCGCAGCCCCGAGUCGUCGCUGAGCCCGUCAAACACGCCACACGGGCCGGUCGCGUUCAACUCGACGGCCCUGCUGCGCCUCGCAUACGUGCGGCUGGCCAUGGACACGGGGCCGGGACGCGCGCUGGGGACGCGCGACCCGGCGGCCAUUGCGCGCGCGCUGCUCGCGCUGCCCCUCCCCCUACCAGCCACCCCGGGGACGGCGCCGCGGCUGCCGCGCGCGCUCCUGCACGCGGCGCACGCGCUCAGCAUUCCUGUCAAGAUCGGCGUGCGGCUUGUGGCGCGCGCGCAGACGUUCCUGUGGAGCAUCCAGCACGCGCUGUGCAGCCUCGAGUGCGCGCUACUGCUGAGCAAGUGGCUCGAGACCGUAUCCGUGGCGAGGACGGUGCUGGCGGCCGGCGAGCGGCGCGUGCUGGGGAUUGUCAGGACCAUGCUGGACGAGACCGAGUUUGCGGUGCCGUUGGGGUUGGGCGUCGAUGACCCGGAGACGGCGAGGCGGAUCAAUAGUGGCGUGCUGCGCGUGUGGGCAACGAUUUUUCGCGGCGCGCAGACCUGGGCGGUCGUCGAUGUCAUUGGCUGCGCGCUGCACUUGUAUGCUGACAUGGUGGAGGGGGCAGGCGUGUAGGUGUUGUUGUGUUAGGCGGGUGGCGAUAGCUUUGGGGUGGUAGCUUUGCGGUGGUGAUAGCUUUGGGGUAGUUCAAGUUCGGGCAGGGGCGAAAAGGGGCUGUGUUUGUUACUCCUGAACAGUCACUCAAAUUGAGUAUUUACAGACAACUAGAUCGUUGUCGUGGGUCGAAAAAGGGACCUUGCACACAACAGCGAACAUAGUGGACUGCCUGCUG